AGAAGAAGGAGGAAGAGGAAGACAGAGAAGAAGAAGGAGAAGGAUUCACGAUGAAGGUGUGCGUGCUGCUUCUGGCUCUCCCGGUGCUGCUGAGCGUCUGCGUGGCCCGGUCUCCGUACCAGGCGGUUCUGCAGCACAGCCGCAUCAGAGGCAGAGCGCAGGGACCGAAUGUUUGUGCCAUGCAGCAACUUAAAGGCACCAACAAGAAAUACUUCACCAACUGCAAGCAGUGGUACCACCGCAAGAUCUGUGGGAAGCCCACGGUGAUCACCUACGAGUGCUGUCCUGGUUAUGAGAAGAUUCCUGGAGAGAAGGGCUGUCCAGCUGCGCUGCCUCUGGUGAACAUCUACAACACGCUCGGCGUUGUGGGGGCCACCACCACCCAGAUGUACUCUGAGCGAGCCCAGCUGAAGGAGGAGGUGGAGGGGCCGGGCAGCUUCACCUUCUUCGCCCCGAGCAACGAGGCCUGGGCCGCCCUGCCGACGGAGAUCCUGGACGCCCUGGUGAGCAACGUGAACAUCGAGCUGCUGAACACUCUCCAUUACCACAUGGUGACUGGGCGGCUGACCUCUGAGGAGCUGAGGCACGGCUCCUCCUUCGUCUCCAUGUACCAGGGCUUCCACGUCCACAUCCACCACUACAACAACGGGAUCGUGACGGUGAACUGCGCCCGGCUGAUCAAACCCGACCAGCACGCCACCAACGGCAUUGUGCACGUGGUGGAUCGCGUCAUCACCGCCGUCUCCAACAGCAUGCACACGUUAAUCGACGUGGACGACGACCUGGAGACGCUGGGCAUGGCGAUCGCCGCUGCCGGUCUGACCAGCCUGCUGGAGAACGAGGGCCAGUACACCAUCUUCGCCCCCACCAACGAGGCCUUCGAGAAGAUUCCGAAGGAGACCCUAAACCGGAUCCUGGGAGACCCCGUCGCUCUGAGAGACCUGCUGAACUACCACAUCCUGAAGGAUAUGCAGUGUGCCGAGUCAAUUGUGUCAGGGACCCCGAUGGAGACCCUGCAGGGCACCGUGCUGGAGGUCGGCUGUGAUGGAGAUCAGAUGACCCUGAAUGGCAGGGCCAUCAUCUCCAAGAAAGACCAUCUGGGAACCAACGGAGUCAUCCACUACAUCAAUGAGCUGCUCAUCCCAGACUCAGCCAAAGUUCUGCUGGAGCUGGCAGAUGGUUCAUCCGUUGCCACGGCAUCCAAACUGUUCGUGGAGGCGGGCUUGUCCUCCCAUCUGACGGGCUCCGAGGCUCUAACCAUGUUGACCCCUCUGGACGACGCCUUUAAAGGAAGAGACACCACCAUGACCCCCGACCUGAGGAAGCUGAUGACCAACCACAUCCUAAAGGGGCAGCUGUCAUCCAAGUCUCUGUAUGACAGCCAGGAGCUGGAGACACUAGGAGGCAUCAAGCUCCGAGUAUUCGUCUACAGAAACAACCUCUGCAUAGAGAACGCUUGCAUUGCGGCCCACGAUAAGACGGGCCGGUACGCCUCCAUGUUCACCGUGGACAAAGUGCUCGCCCCCCCGAUGGGGACCGUCAUGGACGUCCUGAAAUCAGAGAGCCGCUUCAGUGUCCUGGUGGGGGCCGUGCAGACCGCCGGGAUGACGGAGCUGCUCAACCAGCAGGGGGCGCUGACCCUCUUCGCUCCGACCAAUGAGGCCUUCAGCGCGCUGCCCCCCGCCGACCUCAGCCGGCUGAUGCGUGACCCUCAGCAGCUGUCCACCCUGCUCAAGCUGCACCUGAGUGAAGGCAUUUUGGUCAGCGGAGGAGUUGCAUCCCACAGUAGAGUGCAACCUCUGGAGGGAGAGAAGCUGGAGCUGGGCGUGCGUAACUACACGGUGUACGUCAACAAGGUCCCGGUGGCCCACGCAGACCUGAUGGCGACCAACGGAGUCGUGCACGCCGUGAACGCCGUCAUCAAACCAUUGCCUCCGAAGGUGGACCGACAACAGAACGAUGGACCCGCGGCGGCCUCCUCCAGGGUCGACACCAAGAGCUUCAGGAACAACGAGAUGUUCCAGAAGGUCGUCCGCAGUCGCUCUAGUAGGACGAUGACCCAGUAGAUCCCAGCAGAACAUCUGACAAACCAGAGGAACCCAGAGGAACCUCUGAGAAACAAGUAGAACCCAGCAGAGCCUCAGACGAAGAAUUAUAACCAAGCACAACCUGUGAGGCACAAGUAGAACGCAGCAGAACCUCAGGUAAACCAAUAGAGUCCAGCGGAACCUCUGAGGCACAAGUAGAACCUUGCAGAACUUCUGAAAAAAACAAUAGAACGCAGCAGAACCUCACACAAAGAAUUAUAACCAAGCACAAUCUGUGAGGAACAAGUAGAACCCAGCAGAACCUCUGAGGAACCAGAGGACCCCCUCCCUCACACCCAAAGUUUUUAAACACAGCUUGUUCUGUUUGUUCCUUCAUUGAGUCAAACCAUGAUUAUAACAACUGAUGAAAUAUGAUUGAUUAUUGGAUCAUGAUCAAUCACAGUGAUCGGUUAAAGGGAUCUGUUACAGUGAUCAGUUACUGGAACCAAUCAGAAGGUUCAGUUACAGGCAUAAAUAAGUGAUCAGUUACCGUGAUCAAUCACAGUGAUCAAAACGCUGAUUUCUUCCCAUCACAUUAAAAGGUCAAAGGUCACUCAGCUGAAAGUGACUGAUCGUUAUUGUCACUGAUUAAUACUCGUUAAUCACUGUGAGAGGUUCUCGGGGGGAUUUGUUCACAUGGUGAAAUAAAGUUUCUUUUGUUAUCUUGUUUUUUGAAUAAAGGAAGACAUUCAAAGAGACAUUUGUCUUUGAAUGUUUACACACCGGCAUCCUGACCACAGUCAAUCAAUGCAGAAUGUAGAGCAUUAUUAUGGGAUGUCUGAUAACUCUGGUGCAGAGGGGGUCAGGUGACAGAAGUUCACUUCAGAUGAAGCGUUAAUACGUUUUGAUUCCCUCAGAGCAAGAGUCAUGUGACACUUUUCCUCUACGCUUUGUCUUUACUGUAAAAAUAAAAACGUCACGACGUAAAAACUU